UCUUUCCAUGUGGUUUCUUCUUCAUUUCUUUUGCACUGAACAGUCUCCGAUCCUGGAAAAACUGGGCAUCUGCAAUGAAUAUGCGGUACGGAGGUUCCUGGUCAGCGGGGUAUUUCCACCGGGGCCCUGUGACUUGAGCAUCAAGGAAACUCUUUUUGACACCGUGCCGGUGAGGAUCUACCAGCCCAAAACUCCAAGUCCUGAGAAGAGGAGGGGACUUGUGUGGAUUCACGGAGGAGGGGGCUUUUUUGGAGGCUUCAAAAGCCACGAAAGGCUUUGUCGAUUCUUCGCCCAGGAAAGUGCCACCGUGGUGGUAGCUAUCGGGUAUCCCUUGGCACCGGAGCACCCCUACCCAGCUCAACAGCAGAGCUGCUAUGUGGCCAUAUCAUACUUUUUGAAGCACGCGGGGGACUUCGGCGUGGACCCUCAGCGGAUCGUGUUGGGUGGCGACAGCUGUGGAGGUUCCUACGUACUGGCUGCUUCUCAACAACUCGUGCUCAGAGAGGACCUGCCCCAGGUCCGGGCCCACGUGCUCGCUUUUCCUUUCCUCCAAGCUCUGGAUUACAACCUGCCUUCUUUCCAGCAAAACCAAUGGGUGCCCUUUUUAUUAAAGACAGAUGUCGGCCAUUUUAGCAAGAUUUAUGUCACUGGAAACAGCUUGGGCGCUGAUGCAGUGAUGCUCAACGCUCAUGUCCCGGAGAAGCUCAGG